AUGUUGAGAAAGAAAAGAAUUAAACCUGAACAGGAUGCCAAAGAGCAUGUGUUGUCAGGCAAAGACAAAGCCUUCAUUGAGAAACGAUACAUCAACGCAUAUAAAGGGAGAGGUGUGUUUGCACUUAAACACAUUGAAUCAUCCACAUUUGUUGUGGAAUAUCGUGGAAUACUGUGCCAAAGUAAAUAUGUUGAUGACAUUAAAGGCAACUACUUGUUCGAUAUCACAUGGAAUGGAGCACAUUAUUGCAUAGAUGCUUCAAAAGAGGAUGGAUCGCUAGGACGACUGGUGAACGAUGAUCACAAAAAUCCAAACUGCAAAGUCAAGACGGUUGUUGUUGAGGGAAAGCCGCACCUGUGUCUAUUUAGUCUAAGAGACAUUUGUCCAGAUGAAGAAAUUACUUACAAUUAUGGGGAUUCCUCUUGGCCCUGGCGUUCAGUAGAAUUGUGUGAUGAGAUAUCGGUGGCCGUAGAUGAAUCCAUUGAGGGUCCUUCCUCAUCAGGAAAAGAGAAAGAAUUGUGUGAUGAGAUAUCGGUGGCCGUAGAUGAAUCCAUUGAGGGUCCUUCCUCAUCAGGAAAAGAGAAAUGCCAUCAUGAAGUUCAUUGCGCAGUAAUAUCCAGUUUGGAUUCUUGUGUAAAUUGCAGUGGACCCGUUUCUAGUCGAAAAUGGCUUGGCUUAACAUGCAAAUUGUGUUCAAGAUCAUGGCACAAAACCUGCUUCAUGAAGAAUGAGAAAUCGAUGGAUGUUACAUUUUCCAGUUCUGAAGAAAGCAGUUCUGAUGAAGAGUAUACUCCUCACGCUGAAAACAGCAUUGAUGAAUCCUCUGAUGAAUUCAUCCCAGAUUCAAGACAAAACAGCGACAGUGGUGAUAGUCUAACUAUCAAUACAAGGAAUCCACCAUAUUGUAAGACCACUCAACUAUUUUCAGAGUCUAAGAAGGCAGAGAGUGUGUCUCAACCCACUCACUGUUCAUCCACUGAGCAAGAUAUGGUUAGUGACAAAUCCAGCUCUGCUCAAGAUCUCGUAUGUAAUGAUCACGACACUACCACAAGGAAUAUGGAGAUGCUUCAGAGUUUUAAGAAAACACCAAAAGAGUCUUGUGAUAAACAGUCAAACCUCAAAGACACUUUUUCCACCCACAAAAAUUACUGUUAUGUGUGCAAGAAACCUCAGUCUAAAAUUGCCCGUCACUUUAAAAAGCAUGAAGACAGUGAAACGGAAAUUGCGGCUGCAUUUCUGCUUCCUAAACAUUCCAAGGACAGAAAAAGGUUACUUGAGAAGCUUCGAAACAGAGGCAACUAUGAACAUAAUCAAGAGGUUAUGGCAAAUAAGAGUGGACCACUGAAGGUUAGAAGACGACCAGUAAGAUCCGAGAUCGAAUUGAGUACCAAAACAUACGUGCACUGCAUAUACUGUAAAGGCCUGUUUGUUCGCAAGGAGUUGUGGCGCCAUACACGGAGAUGUUCUUCAAAGAUUUGUUCCGAGUCUGAAGCAACUGGUAAGGCUAAAGUUCUAGUUUUGGCUGAUAUUGCAGAGUCAACAUUCUCUCAAGCAAUCUCUCCUGAAGUGUGGAAAAUCUUGGGAAAUAUGAAGAAUGAUGACAUUUCAUCUGUUAGUCUUUACAACAAACACGGAAGUGAUCCAACAAAAUUUGAAUACAUCAGACAGAAGGUACGGGAAGUGGGCAGACUCUUGCUAAGCAUGAAAAAAAAAUUCUCCAUACUUAGCUUUGAAGAUGCUUUGAAGCCAAACAAUUUUUACAAAGUCAUUGAGGCCGUGAAAGAUGUUGCUGGUUAUGAAGAAAAGAGCCACUCAUAUAAGACACCAAGUCUUGCGCUAAAGUUAGGACAUUCACUUAACAAAAUUGCUGACAUCAUUCUCUGCAGGGCCAUCGCAGGAGAGGAUGAUGCUCUGACGAAAGCAGCAGAGCGAUUCAAAAGACUUUGCUCAAGUGAAUGGGCAGAACAUGUCUCCCAUGCUGCUCUUGCUACUUUAAGCAAAUCAAAGUUCAACAAACCAUCUACCAUACCAUUCACACAUGAUGUGCAGCUUCUCCACCAGUGCCUAGAGAAGAAAUCAGCUGAUGCUUUUGAAAACCUGAAAAACCAAGAGUCUUCACAGGCAUACGCAGAACUCGCCAAAGUGACACUGGCACAAGUAAUCAUCUUUAACCGGCGUCGUGCAGGAGAAGUUUCAAAAAUGACACUUGAGUGUUUUAUGAAAAGAGACCAAACUGAGCUCCAUGAGGACAUAGCUCUUGGUCUCUCUCCGUUUGAGCAAAAAAUGUCCAAGCAUUUUAGCAGAGUAGAAAUAAUGGGCAAAAAAGGGAGAAAAGUUGCUGUUCUGCUAAGCCCUGAUCUUGUUGGAGCAAUACAACUUCUUGUGGACAAGAGAGAUUCAUGUGAAGUAGAUGGGGACAACCCCUUUCUAUUUGCAAGACCAAAGUGUUCAGCCACCAGUUUCUUCAGGGGACAAGACUGCAUCAGGCUUUUUGCAAAUCAGUGUGGUGCCCAGAACCCUGAAUAUCUCAGAUCUACACAACUCCGUAAGCAGGUUGCAACAAUGUCCCAGAUUCUUAAUCUAAAGGAUAAUGAGCUGGAUCAGCUUGCCAACUUUUUGGGCCAUGACAUUCGGGUCCAUAGAGACUAUUAUCGGUUGCCAGAUGCAACUAUAGAAAUUGCAAAAAUCUCAAAGCUGCUUCUGGCAAUGGAGAAAGGAACCCUUGCAAGUUUCCAAGGAAAGUCUCUUAGUGAAAUUGAGAUUGAAGAUGAAAUUGAUCCUGAAUUAGACGACGAAGAAGAAAGUGAUGAAGACGGCGAAGAAUCGGAUUCUCUCCAUAGAGUAAAUGGAAACAAAAAGAGGGUGGACCAUGUAAAGUCGACCCAGGAUGAGGAGAUUGAAAGUUCCAACGGAAAACAAAAAAUGUCCCCCAAUGAACCAGUCAGCUCCACAGCUUUACCUAUUUUAUGUAAUGCGUGUUAA